AUGCAGUUAAGAAACGUGACUCUACCAAAAGAAAACAAAUGGAAAAUCACAGAAAUAAAUCUGACUGUGCCCGUGGAAUUUGUUCUCGUGGGAUUCUCUGAUAUUCCCAAAUUGCACUGGUUUCUCUUUGGAAUCUUCCUCUUCAUUUAUAUGAUUAUCUUGCUGGGGAAUGGAAUUGUUAUUCUCAUCACAAAGGUAGAGCCCACUCUGCAGACUCCCAUGUAUUUUUUCAUCACCAAUUUUUCUUUCCUUGAAAUCUGCUAUGUGUCCAUCACUCUGCCUAGAAUGCUUAUGGAUCUUUGUACUCUCAAAGGAAAUAUUUCUUUUCAUGCUUGUGCUACACAAAUGUGCUUCUUCCUUAUUGUGGGAGCCACAGAAUGCUUCCUUCUGGCUGUGAUGGCCUAUGACCGGUAUGUUGCCAUAUGCAAUCCUCUGUACUACCCUCUAAUCAUGAACCAUAAAUUGUGUAAGCAGCUGGUGGUUGGUUCCUUUGCUAUUGCAAUCCCCAUUCCGGUAGAUCAUACAUAUCAAAUUUUUUCUCUGUCCUUCUGUAAAUCUUACAAAAUCAAUCACUUCUUCUGCGACAUACCCCCAUUGCUCAAACUGGCCUGUGGGGACAUUUUUGUGAAUGAGAUGAUGGUCUAUUUAUCUACUUUAUUGAUUGUCACUGUGCCCUUUUUGUUGAUCCUUGUGUCCUAUAGCAGAAUUAUCUCCACCAUCCUGAACCUGCCAUCAAACACAGGAAGAACCAAAGCAUUUUCUACUUGCUCUUCACACCUUAUAGUUGUGUUUUUAUUCUAUGGAUCAGCCAGUAUCACCUAUUUAAAACCCAAAUCCAUUGAGUAUGAGGGAACAGAGAAAAUCCUCUGUCUUUUCUAUACCACAUUGACCCCAGUGUUCAAUCCCUUGAUAUACAGUCUGCGGAACAAAGAUGUUACAGGGGCACUGAGAAAAUUCUUUCCCACACUGUUAGCAUUGUGA